ACUGUCGCGCGAGAAAUAGAUAUCUGUUAUUGACGCGCGUCAUCACCGUGGCACCAUUCGUUUUGGUGCUCCUCCAAUUUCAAAACUACACGAGAAAAAGUGAUAUCGCUCCUGAAAAGACCGGAUAUGAAGAGAGAGAGAAACGAGAUGAAGAUGUGCGUCUUUGACAGGACGAAAGGAGAAGCGUGAGAGCGUAGAUAUAUACGCAGAAAGAUAUAUACGCAGAGAAAGUAUUUGCGUUUCCGAUGUUGUACGGAUAAGAUCGAAGAGUUCGAUCUACGAACAUGUUUGAUUCCUCUCCUGACAGGUUGGAGAGGGAACGUUGAAUGACACGCAAAGAUUAUUGAGCUUGACAAUCUUAGGAUAGAAAAUGAAUUUAAUAAGCAUCACUAACGAAGCUCAUGAAAGACGAUGAGCAGUAUAUAUCGAAGAUUGAUACGGCGCAUUUAUCUAGGAUACAUGUGCAACAAGGCCUUGAGCCAACCUCGAAAAAACUGUAUUGAAAAAGAUGCUCGAAAAGGAUCGUGUAUAAAUCGCGCGUUGGUGCGGAAGCAUCACUGGGCAACGAUGAAUCUCUGAGCUCGCUGCACAGUGAUAUCCUGAUGCACUUCUGGAUCAACAAACCGGCGGGCAGGUACUACGGCUUCACCGGCCGCCGAUACCCCGCCACACCUGUGCCCAAAACACGUAGUCAAUGUCGGCGCGGCGGCGAGCUCAGGCAGAUGGUGACUCCGGUGCGUCGAUUUCAAGGCCUCGCAGGUAACUUCGCAGCUGGAAACGCAUCGUCAGCCGGGCCUAGUAAUAUCAAUAAUUCCUGCCGAAGCAUCGUCGCCCGAUCUACGACGACGACGCUGACAUCCGCGCGAAUCCUCAACAACGAGAAUCGUUCAUCGACAUCGCUCAGCGCCGCCCAACUCGCUCAACUGAACAACAUCCCCAACAACGUCACUGACACCAGCAACAAUCAAUUGAUUCUAUCUAAUACGACUAGUGCGAACGGCACCAACAGAAAUCUACUGGGCUUCUUCGAAUUCAGUGACGCCGAACUGGCUGGCUAUCGGUUGCGUUGCGCCGUCUGGAUCACGUUCGUCCUAGCGACGGGUUUCGUGGCGGCCGCCAAGUUCUACUUCGGUUAUAGGGGGCCAGGCUUGGAGAUACUCAUGUUUUGCGGGCUGUUGAUACUAUUGUUAUCGGCAUGUCUGUACUCGAUCUUCUGCCGGCGUCAUGAUCAAAGCCAUUAUCACCACGGCAGUCGACCGGAGCACAUUGACCGAACGGGCGCUCGCAUGCAGGAGGAUCACCUGGCCGCUCUGACAAACGCGUCUGGUAUCGGCGAGACCGUCAUCGGCAGAAUGACGACGACGACGGCGAUAAGGCAGAAUCCACCGCCGCCACCUUAUCACAUCGCUAUUCUGAUACCGCCGCUGCCACCUACGUUCUCGGACGAGGCGCCGCCGCCCAGUUACGACAAGGUAUGCGAUGAAAUCGCCGGACCAGCGUGAAAUUCAAAGACGGACUCCUUCGAAACCUUUCUUCGCGACAUUCUCGUGUCUCCGCUACUCAAGGUGACACAAAUCAAUUCUCUAGUAUUAACUUUCACAUCUGUGAUAAGAAUGACGCAAUGACGAUAACACAUCGAUAACACAACGGGAAGUCGAGAGAUUUGGAAAAAGAUACGCGCGGCUAUAUUUUUUAGUGGGCAUUAUAUGAGGGAGCGGGGGAGAGGAGAGGAGCCACGCUCCGCCACCGAAUUUACGUUUGUGGUGCAGGUAAACUGUAUUCUAAUCUUUUAUACUUCGAGAUACCGUGUGAUAUAUUUGACUUAACUUUAGCUUAGCGCGACACAAGUCGUAAACUCGAUCGAUUCAUUCGAUUUUAUCCAUUGGUUCUUCCGGUCUUAGGACUUCCUUAAAUAUGUAUAAUUAUUCUAAGAAUUCGCUUAUUCUAAGAAUCGUUAUGUUCGAUUACCUCGUUAUUUUCAUAGGAUGCGAGAGGAUUGACACUCACAUACAGCAUACACACACACACA